CUGUGAGAUAUAUAACAUUGUGAUGUAAGAACAUUUUCAUCUAGAUCAUUCCAAUUUCCAACGGAGAUGACAGCAUCAAACAGUUUGACAGUGCUGGAGAGCUCUAUGCUUGUUGCACCCAUCACUGCACUAGAGUUUCUUGGAGAUGACUACCUGUUGGCAGGUGAGGGACCUAACCUAUCAGUCUACUGUCUCGGAGCCUCACCCAGACAAUAUGCUUCACUAAGUGUUCUGCAAAACUACCGCAUACAUGGAAUACGACCCAGUCUUCAAAAUAAAAAUGAGCAUCACGUGACUCUACCUGAAGUGGUGAAGUUGGCUGUUUUUGGUGGGAAAGCUGUGCAACUUGUCAACAUCAGACCUAGGAGCCUUGGCUUGGAGGUAGCUGGCGUUCUCAUGGAGCUUCAGGAUUGGGUACUAGAUGUUUCCUGGCUGCAGGGAGAGACCUCCUCAUUACUGGGCGUGUGUCUGGCUCAUAAUGCUUUGCUGUUUCUUGAGCCAGAAUCUGGAAAUGUGCUUGCCCUUCGCUCAUGUGUAGAGGUGUGCCUGUUGUACUCUGCACUUCUGAUUGGUCCGAGUUGGGAAACUUCAGUGCUGGUAGGAGGAACCGUGUUCAAUCAGCUCAUCCUGUGGAGGCCUGGAGGCACCAGAGCAGAUGGCCAGUCCCAGGUCGAGAGACGUCUGUUGGGGCACAGUGGUGUUAUCUUCAGCGUAUGUUACCUUCAGAGCUCUGGUUGGUUGACUUCCGCCUCAGAUGAUCGCAGCAUACGAGUGUGGCAUGUUGGCAAGCUUGGUGCAGAUGGAGGAUGUGGAGAAGAGUCACCCACAUGCCUGCGAGUGCUGUACGGACACCAGGCUCGCGUUUUCUGUGUCCGGCUGACAUCUGGGUGCGUGUUCAGUGCCGGGGAGGAUGGCGCCUGCUUGCUCUGGGAGUGGAAAGGUGAAGGCAAAGUGGGGCGGACUUUGAAAGGACAUAGGUCUGGUGGCAUCAGGUCGUUGGCUGUGAGUAAGGAGGGUGGAUGGGUGGCUACAGGAGGGGCUGAUGGAGGCAUUCGGCUAUGGAGAUUGUCUGAAAGGAGCGAACAGGAAAAGGAAAACAAAGAAGGAGAUAGACAGACAGAUCUGGAAUUUAGUGGGCAAGGAUGUCCAAAAGUUGUACGCUCAGUGGGGGGACAUGGUGAUAUACUUGUCUGCACCGAUGAAGGGGAAGUCUUUUUGUACCACAAUGCAUCCUGGGAUUUAGUUUGGAAUGGAGGUUUAGAUUUCCAGUCCUACUGUGUGAUGGAAGUAGUAUGCAUGAAAUCCCAGGAUUCCUGUAAGGUUAUUUGGUUGUGUGCUGUAGGCAACCUUACCGGGGGCAUCUAUGUGUUCCCUGUAUGCCAGCCUAGGUUAGGCAUAUUUCUGCAAGCAGGUGAAGGAAAGGUUCAUACUUUACAGUGGGUUCAAGGAAGUCAUUUGUGUCUUCUGGCUUCUGGGGCUUAUGGAGUAGUCUAUAGAUGGACUGCAAAGAUGAUUGAGAAUAAAUCAGGUCAAGUUUUAAGGUUGGAGAAGCUAAAGCCCUUUGUGCUACCACCUUGCGCCAAGCGAUGGCUCACUGCAGCAGUUACUUUUCCUUGUGGAAAGGAAUCAGUUUGGGUGUGUGGUGACCGCCGUGGCUCGCUGUUGCUUUACAAAGAAAAGGAAAUCGGUGGUGAAGGUCAAGAGGAAAGAAAGAAUAAAGAAGGAGCUUGGAAGGAUGAAAAGAUGGAUGGCAUGUCUCUGCUCCCACCUGUCAGUGUGCUGUUUGGUGUCCAUGGGAAGCAAGGUGUAACGAGUGUGUCUGAGCAUCAUGGUGUGUGUUACACCUCUGGUCGUGAUGGUUGUGUGCGGGUUUUUACAGUAAACGAUGACUCUCUGAACAUCCGGCGUAUCCACCGUGCCAGCAAAGGAAUGGAGUGGUUGGAUAAUGUUAUCUUAAUUGGUUCUGAUAUACCAGAGAACCAAAGAAGCAAAGACCAAGACGAUGAGGAGGACAAAGAAGAGGACAGGAUACCACAGCAAGAACUGGACAAUAGACUAGUUGGCCAAGAAGAGACGGAAGAGAAGAGAAUGGCAGAGAGAGAAAGUGAAAGUGUUUCUGAGGUCCGUUUUGUAAUGGUUGCUUUCCGUUCUGUCCACUUCAUUCUGUGGGAUCAGUUGAAAAGAGAGACACUUUUCUCUGCAACAUGUGGUGGAGGGCACAGGUCCUGGGCUUAUAUUUUCCCUACUCAAACCCCACUGUCCACUCACACAAUGGGACAAGGUACACUCAUCUUUAUCAAGCAAGGCUCGGUUGUGAUGUCUCGUUCCUUGAAUUCCACAUCCACAGAAGUGACAGGACACACCCUGAAGGAGGGUCUUCAUGGUCGAGGCCUGAGCUCCGUUUGCCACCUCGGCAGUAUCUCUAAAGGUGAAGCUUCAUCUAAACCAUGGGAGGUGCUCGUUACCGGUGGUGAGGACACCACAGUGACUGUGCUUGCAGUCGAACCUGAGCAUGGUACAGUAAAGGUGCUGGCCAUCAUAGCUGACCACAUCUCAAAUGUACGAGCACUGGCUGCGGUCCGAAAAGUAACAAGACAAGAAGGAAGCGCUGACAGGCGGGCACAUAUACCUUUCUCAACUAUGCUGUUUUCUGCCGGUGGGCGGGCCCAGCUACAAUGUUAUCGGCUACUAAUUGACUGGGAUGAGCAGGGGAAUGGGCCUGUUUGUCAGGUGAGCCAGGUUGCUGGUCACCGUUUGGAUGAGCAGUGGGAGAAAAAAAGGAAUCGCCACAAGACUGUGAAGAUGGACCCAGAGACAAGGUACAUGUCAAUAGCAGUGGUACUGAACACUACAGAGGAGAUCAUCUUGGCUCUUGCCUGCAGUGAUGGAGCAGUGAGACUUUUCUCAGUACGAGAGGACAGUAGGACAGUCGAGCUGCUCUGGGAGAGUUUUCAUCAUCAGAGGUGUGUGCUCAGUGCCGCCUCCUGUAGAGUAGCAGACCCACAGGGUAAACGUGUGUUGUUGUUUAGUGGCGCUACAGAUGGAGCUGUAGCUCUGUGGGAUUUGACUACAGCAUUGGACAGUAAAUCCAAGGACAGCUGGCACGGUCCAUCUGCCCCUUACCUCUCAAUUUCCGUCCACCAAAGUGGAGUAAACGCCCUCAACAUAUUAAAUCCUCAUGAAGAAGGACAAACGGCUAAAGACACUCUCACUGUGGUCAGUGGUGGAGAUGACGGACAGCUGUCAGUACUGAAGAUCAGACUACAAUUCCAACAAGAGAACGUGUUUCCAGAGCUGCUCUCUCGUUGGUCAGUAGCAUUAGCACACUCCGCUCCUUUGACAGCUCUGAGUGCGCUUAGUUCUUCACUUUUGGUGUCCACAUCACCAGACCAGCGUGUAUGUGUGUGGUCUGUUGGUGACAAUGGAAUUCAGCACCAGGCGACGACGUUCUCACAUACUGCAGACGCAGCAGGACUGUGGGUCUGGCGCACGGAGGGUACUGGGACAGAGGGUGGAGCCUGUGUGGCGGUUUGUGGGCAGGGCUUGCAAUUACUGAAGUUAAUUGAAAGAGGGACUGGGGAGGGGAAGCAGAGAAUUAAGAUACAAAAGGAGAGACGGAAAGUGAUUUUUGCAGACCGUUUCAUCACAGUAUGAUCUGUAGGAAUGUAAACUUUUUACGUACUAUUUAAACAUUCAGAAUAAAAGUAUUUUAUUGAUUUUAA